AUGGAGUCUCCAACGCGUCUUCCUCCGAGCCCCUCAAAGGCGCUCCAUCCGUUGUCGCCGGAACGCAUGAAUCAACAAACCAUACCCGCAUCGCCUUCGCUACCAGCCGACCUCCUAACACUACACCACAAAAACGCCAGAGGCGUCUCAGAAGUCCAAGCAAAAGUGGCUUUUUUAAACGGUCUAUCGCGGGGCGCUAGUCCUGGUGGUUCUGCUGCCAACAAUGCAGCCAUCCAGAGGGCUAUCCUCGGUCGCGAGGAGGCCGAGUCAGCCCUAGCCACCGCGCAGGAAGAAUUAUCAGAAGCCGAAUCGCGAGAACGCCGAAUCAGCGAACGCCUCGAAUCCCUGCUAGAGGAAUUACACGGAACGAAAGAACGCCAGGGACAUGAAAGAUCAAUUUUCGAAAAAGAAAUUCGAAAGGCCCGCAAAGAGGCCUUCCGGGCCGGAUCGACAUUGGUAAAACUUCAGGAGGAACUGAAGCAUUCAAAAUCAGAAGUCAAGACACUCAAAGACGAAGUGUCAUUAGAACGAGAAUCCAAAGAAAAAGCCAAACAGGAGGCAUUCGAACGCGCCUACGCCCUCGCUGGACUGACCGAGGAACUUGAAGUUCUCAAAGGGAAACUCCGGUCCUUGGAAACGGACAACCAUUCUAGCAACCUCGAAGUCCGCGCCCACGAGAUUCGGAGAGAAGACUUCGGCAGAAUGUCAUUGGCAGAGGGCGACCUCGCCUUUUUGACUACACCACGGAGACCUAAGCGUGCCGCUGCAGGCUCUGUCCGAUCCCCCGCCUUUGAACAAGAAGAAGACGAAGCGGAAGCUACACCUCCCAAGCGCCCACGUUUGUCUGACGUUGCAACCAAGAGUGAGCAACGUCCCUCCGAAGCGGCCCCCGUUGAGGUCGACGAAGAUGUCUUGGAAGAACUGAAGGAAGACCUUGUAUUCGAGCGCCGCCGCAGGGUUGCCGCAGAAGAGAUGGUCCACUUCUUGAACAUCGAAUGUCAAUUCGAACGCUGCUCUUGCCGCAUUGCUGAGAGUCAGGGUCGUCGCUACAUUUACGAUCGGGAUUAUUACAACCAGUUCCAAAAGCCGGAGAUUGAGGCUGCCGAGGCUGCUCAAGCUGAAGCUGCCCGUGUUAGGAUUGCCGAAGAUGCGCAGGCUGAGGCUGCUAGGAUUGAGGCUAUUGAGGCUGCGCAUGCCGAGAUUGCUCGUCUCAGGGCGGCCGAGGCGGCCCGGGCUGAGGCUGCUCGCAUUCAAGCCGCUGAAGCUGCUCGGGUAGAGGCAGCCCGAAUUGCUGCUGCUGAAAUCGCUCGGGCUGAAGCUGCUCGUCUUGAAGCCGCUAAAGUUGCCCAGGCGGAAGCGGCUCGAAUUGAGGCGGCCGAAAAAGCCAAGGCCAGGGCUGUCCGCGAAGUGACUCCUCAGCGAAACAGCGCUGAGAUUAGCAUCGACCAGGUUAUCUCUCCUCAGCCUCCUGCGCGUGAAGAACCAAGUCGGACUCCCGUCCAUGAGCCACCUACUCCACCGGUCCAUCAGCACUUCGAACCUGCCGUGAAGACUGAACCCACGGAGCCUCCAAAGAUGCCUAUGCCCGAGGAGCCUGUGAUUACAUUCUCACCCGAGACCGGCACAUUCAAGGCAUUCCCAUCGCCUAUUCGAGACAAUGUCAGACCCCUACGAUUUGAUUCCACGCCUGAUCUUCCCAAGCCGCAGGAGGAUUCCCACGAGGAGCACAUUGAUCCCUCGGCGUCGGUCCCUCACGUCGAGUCCUUCACCCCAUCUGGAGAACCCGCCCCUGUGAGAGUGCACCGUGCUCCACCCUCCAAUGUCUCCCGAAAUCAGUCCACAGCACCCCAAGCUGCGGAAGCCAGACCGGCACGCAGGGUCGAAAGAGACGCGCAUGCUCAUCGCUCGAACGCACCUUUGCCCUCGGAAGCUAGGCCUGGGAGACGUGUCGAGAGAGAGCAGUCUCAACCCUACCCUAAGCCCGUCAAGAGAGCCCCCAGUCGUCAAGAGCCACAGUCUCAGCGCACCUCUCACCCCGGUAUCCCUGACACUCCCAUCAACCGCGAAGAGGCUCUCGCUCAGAUCAGAGCUCGACGCGGCCGUGCUCGUAGCCAGCAACGAUCAGUCAGUGCCACCGAGGCCAGUCGUGCAGCUCGUACUUCCGCCGGUACAAACCCCAGUGCGACUCGGGGACCUCGACGUCUUCCCAACCUCCGGCCUGAUUCUAAAACCGAAAACGAUGUUAGCGAACGCCGAGAUAUGAGUGCUCCUGUUCGGAUGUUCCGACGUUAA